GUUUUCGCCGCCCAGAUCCGUCCACGCCGACAUGGAGGUGCUGUGAGCGGGAAACAUGAUUAAAGAUAACAACGAAAUUGUUCCACUAAUGGGCAAGAAAACAAACCUGCCUGGAAAUCCCCCUGCAAACCAGCAAGAGAAAAAGGUGACUGAAGGCACUCCCACCAAGAAAAGUUCCCACUUUUUCCUGGAGAUUGAUGGUUUUGAAAGCAAUGCCAGUCCCAAUAACACCUCUCCCCCUGUGUUUUCCAAACCCAUGGAUUCCAAUAUUCGCCCGUGUGCAUCUGCAAAUGGGGAAGACAUGGAUUCCCCUCAGUCUCUUCAGGAUGAUGCCACAGAGUACAGCCCUAAUGUGGACAGCUGUGGUGCUACCACAUGCCAAGACCCUGAGCUGAGGAGUGCCAGGAAGAAGCUGAAGAGGAACCUGUUCCGGGCAGUGUCCGAGGGGAACGCGGAGGAGCUGCAGCGGCUGCUGGCCGAGCUGAGGGAGCGCUCGGGCUCCUGCACCUCCCUGCCCGUGCCAGAUUACCUGAUGAAGAAGUUCACAGCUGCAGACACUGGCAAAACUUGUCUGAUGAAAGCUCUGCUGAACAUCAACCAGAACACAAAUGAGAUAGUGAACAUGCUCCUGUCCUUUGCAGAGGAAAAUGGCAUUUUGGAGAGAUUCAUCAAUGCAGCAUACACAGAAGAGGCAUAUAAAGGCCAGACAGCUCUAAAUAUUGCCAUUGAGAGGAGACAGUAUGAAAUCACCCAGAGCCUCAUAGAGAAAGGAGCAGAUGUCAAUGCUCAUGCCCAGGGUAUUUUCUUUAAUCCCAAGCACAAGCAUGAAGGCUUUUAUUUUGGUGAGACUGCCCUGGCUUUGGCAGCAUGUACCAACCAGCCAGACAUAAUUGAGCUGUUAAUGGACAAUGCCAGGACCAAUAUUUCCUCUCAGGAUUCCAGAGGAAACAACAUCCUCCAUGCAUUAGUGACCGUGGCAGAGGACUCCAAAACACAGAAUGAUUUUGUGAUCAGAAUGUAUGACAUGAUCCUGCUGAAAAGUAAAGACAGAACUCUGGAAACAACCAAGAAUAAGGAGGGUUUGACACCGCUGCAAUUAGCUGCAAAAACUGGGAAAUUAGAGAUUCUGAAGUACAUCCUGAGCAGAGAGAUCAGAGAGAAGCCAAACAGGAGCCUGUCAAGAAAAUUCACAGACUGGGCUUAUGGUCCUGUUCAAUCUUCUCUGUAUGACCUGACAGAGCUGGACACCACUGCUGACAACUCAGUGCUGGAAAUCAUUGUCUAUAAUACAAAUAUUGGUAAUCGUCACGAGAUGCUGACUUUGGAGCCUCUGAACUCACUGCUGAGGAUGAAAUGGAAGAAGUUUGCAAGGCACAUGUUCUUCAUGUCCUGCUGCUUUUAUUUCCUGUACAAUGUAACAUUAACAUUGGUUUCCUACCACAGGCCCAAUACAAACGAAGCUCCUCCUUAUCCACUGGCUCUGACUCAAGGAGUGGGGUGGCUGCAGUUGUCAGGACAGGUGAUGGUUAUGUUAGGAGCAAUAUUUUUAGCCAUAAAAGAGAGUGUGGCCAUCUUCCUGCUCAGGCCCUCAGACCUGCAGUCCAUUCUCUCUGAUGCCUGGUUCCACUUUGCAUUUUUUAUACAAGCUUUGCUUGUGAUCUUCUCUGUCUUUUUGUACUUGUUUUCCUACAAAGAACACCUGGUGUGUCUUGUUUUGGCAAUGGCCCUUGGCUGGGCCAAUAUGCUCUAUUUCACCAGAGGCUUCCAGUCCAUGGGCAUUUACAGUGUGAUGAUUCAAAAGGUCAUCCUGCAAGAUGUGAUCAAGUUUUUAGUUGUCUACAUUGUGUUUUUGCUGGGAUUUGGUGUAGCUCUGGCUGCCCUGAUUGAGACGUGCCAGGAGGGUGGGGAAUGCCAUGCCAACAGCAGCCUGGGACCUGUCCUGAUGGAUCUCUUCAAGCUCACCCUGGGUCUGGGUGACCUGGAGAUCCAGCAGAACUCCAAGUACCCCGUGCUGUUUCUCCUGCUCCUCAUAACUUUUGUUGUGCUGACUUUUGUUCUUCUCUUGAACAUGCUGAUUGCGUUAAUGGGAGAAACGGUGGAGGAUAUUUCUAAGGAGAGUGAGCACAUCUGGAAACUCCAGAGAGCCAGGACUAUUUUGGAAUUUGAAAAAUUCUUACCAAAAUGCCUGAGGAAAAAAUUCCAGCUGGGAGAACGGUGUAAAGUGGCUGAAAAUGACACCAGGGUGUGUUUAAGGAUUAAUGAAGUGAAAUGGACUGAGUGGAAAACCCAUGUUUCAUUUAUUAAUGAAGAUCCAGGGCCAACAGAUCCGAGCAAAAUUCAAGAUAAUUCAAGAACUAAUAGCAAAAACACCCUGAAUACAUUUGAAGAAACGGAUGAUUUGCCUGAAACUUCUGUUUAGUUGUGCUGUGCUUGACGUGUGGCUCUUCUGAAGGUUAAGAGCAUCAGCAGUGGGUGCUGAAAGCUUUGUGGUUGUUUUGGGCAGCUGUAGCCAGCUGGAACACAAACUUUCAGUGACACAGUCUGAUGGCUUGAACCCAUUUAUUCAGAGCAGCUGAGCUG